AAUCCUAGAAAGUACAGCAUACGUCCUUCAUCCAUAUCUACAAUACUAAUACAUUGAAAUAUAUAUGAUUGCCAAUGAACAACCUCAAGGAAACUCACAAAUAAAAUGCCUGUACACAUUGAACCACUUACUGAAGCCGAUGUCCCACGAAUGGUUGACAUCCAGCACAUGGCUAUGGCAGCCAGUGCCUUCUUUCGCAGCACUGGAGACGUACCGAACAUAGACGGAACCCCGGAAGAAGUAUCCGCGUCGCCUUGCAGGACGAAUAAGAUUUCUCGAGUCUUGGACGGCUGGGAGAAGGAUUCUACGUGUCACUUUUUGAAGGCUGUGGAUGAUGCCUCCGGUGAGAUGAUAGCGUUUGCCAGAUGGCACGUCUAUCACGGUGAAGAAGGGCUGAAAGAAUGGCGGGCUUCCGUGGAGACGAAUGAGGGGAUGAGGAUUCCGAUAGGCGCAAGUGAGGAAGGCUUUCGGUUUUGCAAGGGCAAGCUGCUGGAAAAACGCAGAGAGUUCUUUGGAGAGGAGGGGAGAGAGCAUUGUUGUAAGUUUCGUGCAUUAUUGGUUCGAGCAGUGUUUUGAUGACGCUCCAACCUAGUUCUGGCGCUGCUCGCUACUGAUCCUAGUUUUGAACGCCGGGGUGCAGCCUCCCUUCUGACACAAUGGGGUUGUGAUUUUGCCGAUAAACUUGGAAUUGAGUGUUAUGUUGAAUCCUCGACAAAGGGAUACGCGGUGUACGAGAGAAAGGGGUUCCAAGAGGUGUCUUCCGUGUAUGAUGAGAAUAUAAUACACUUCGAUGCUAGCAGAUUCACAGGGAGGGGUGGGAGCGAUGGUGACUGGGUAAAUUUAGUAUGCAUGAUCCGGAAACCGCGGAAAAUUG